AUGACUUUGAAAGGUAAUGUUAACUACUUUUCUACCAGCAAAUAGUACAUUUUACUAGUGUUUUAAUGCAAAUGCUGCGUUUUGAUUGGCUGAGCUACUCGUGCAGCCGUUAGAAUAGGAGGACGCGCGAGCGAGUGUAUAGGUGUUCGAAAUAAGUGAAGAUUAAAUGCUAUUUGGGGAGAAAUGGGGACAAAUAAUUGGAAAUGGUUUUUUGAUAAUUUUGUGAGAAUUUUUUAAUAAAUAACUGUAUAUUUAGCUCUCAAUUUAUAUGCUCAUGAUCUAAUUGUUAAAUACAGGUUGCUUUCGACUUAGACAAAGAGAGUGGUGGCAGUGGUACUUUAUUUACUCGUUGUUAUUUUAGCCAUAGUUUUCCUUGAUUUUUUACUUCCAUUUCAUCCUGUAGAAUAUCCCAAGCUGUGCUUAAUUCAGUAUCUCUUCGAUGCGGUGGAGCAUAAAAUUGAUGUACCAUGCCAUGGAAACGUGAAGAAAGGUGGAAAUCCAUACACGCGUACUAAGCCAAGUGUUAUCGCGAACCUACGUUCCGCAGUAAAAGAUCAGAAACCUAAAGCAGCAUAUCAUCAGGUUGAGGAGAUGGUCGGUGGUAUCAUGAACGUAGAUUGCCUAUCUGACCUGCCAAGGAACAGAGACCAAGCCAGUUAUUUAAGGCGAGGCUCGUCAGAAAAAAAAACCACGUUGACUCCUUAGUGAUAUUGCUGGAGCAGUGUAAAAAGACAGCAGUUAGCAAACCCCAAAACCGCCUUUGUUCGUGAAGUUUCUUGCGCACCAGAGUUACGCUGCGUCAUGUGUUACGACGACCAGCUUGCUGACAUAGUGAGGUUUUGUACAAAUCCUAGCAGCUUCGGGAUCCUAGGCGCUGACCCAACGUUCAACCUUGGGAAGUUUAACGUGACUGUAACCACAUAUACCAACUUGUUAGUGGUUGAUCGUAAAACGCGCAGGCAUCCUGUGAUGAUUGGUCCCCUAUUCAUGCACCAAACAAAGACGUAUGACGCCUAUAACUACUUCUUUUUUCCAAACUGGUUAGCUUAAACAAAGAUAUUGAAACGUACUGGCCUUCGGUACGGAUGGUGAAGAGCCUCUUUUCAAAGCAAUGGAACGCAACAUGUACCACGGCAUCCACUUAAGAUGCUUUGGGCAUUUCAGGGACAACUGUAAAGAACAGCUGCGCGCCCUCCCACGAGAAGUUCAAAAGGAGUUCCUGGAUGACGUGUUUGGACGCAGGCUUGAAAAUGGUAGCAUGGAAGCUGGUAAGUUAACCCUCGAACGUACAAGGGGGAGGAUGAUUUCAAGACAAUUUUGUUGUUAGUCCGUGCCGUCAUUACUAGCUGUUCGUUUAUCUGUGAGACACAAUCGGUUUAUAUGGCAACAAGAUAUGACGUCAUAAGCAUAAGCAAGCCAUAUUUAAAAAUGCAUAUUUUUAACCUUUUUUUUUCAGUGAGUUUUACAACUCUAGCCAAAGAUAUUUUCAAUUUCCGAUUUUUAGUAAAAUCCAAGAUAACGUCACGGACCCCCAGCAGCGCCAUAACCCUUAAUAAUUUCCUUAUCUUUUUAGAUAAAAUAUUUCCCAAAUAUAGUAACACUGCAAAAAACCCAGGGAGGGGUUGCAACCACCCCCCUCUCCCCCUCUUUCCCUUUCUCCUCCCCUUGUACGGUCCACGGUGGGGGUAUAAGUUUGCGUGUACUCUUUCACUAUAUCAGAUCCCCCUCCCUCUAUGAGAAAGGGAAAGAAAGGGCCAUGGGAACGAGGUUGCAGGAAAAUCCUAAACUUUAUUUCGUUUCUCACUGAUAAAGGUCUUUUGGAUUGCGAGACAGAAGCUGACUUUCAAGCUCAGUUGGUGUCACUAAAGGACGUGUGGGAUGAGCGAGAAAAGGCCCAUCUGCCUGCUGGAAAGCAACCUUCAUUUCACAAAUAUAUCUCGGAAAAGGUGACAGCAGUUCAUGUACUUAGGAAAUGUUUGAAUUGCGGGAGUUUAAUUUUGGUAAUUUGGGUUUCUGGUAACAAAUAUAUCAACUCGAUUUAUCAAAUUUAUUCAGAAACCGCAGAGACUCUUCCCUAUUUGUUGUAAUUGUAAUGUUGGUAAUGUUUUCAAUUCAAAUUUAAAUUCAGCUUUUAUGGCCGGAGUUUAUUUUUACGAUAUCACAUUUCGUGAAACGCUGGAAACCCCGCAAAAUUCGCGAAAGUUAGAUUGCGCGCAAAUUUCAUGCCACACGGUUUUCUGUGUGGAAUAUGGAGAAUUUAUGUCAUCGCCAUUUGUAAUAACAUGCGCGGUUCAUAUAGCAACGGUUUCAUUCAAUAUUCUUAUAUUUAUGCAAGACCUUCAUUUUACUGGAGGUGCUAUGUAAGUAACAGUUGGCCAAUGACACAAAUUGCAAUUGAAAUCGGACAUCUGGCCUUUCAUUUCUAAACCAGCCAGCUAGAGAUCCCUUUGUUAUUGCGUUUUCCGGAACUUGGAACUUUUUAACGUAAUCACGAGCUUGACUUGUACUUUAAAAAAAGAAAAAACGUUUUGAAGUACGACAAUCCUUGUUUUAUCUAUAGUUAUGGAAAAUGUAGAGAAUUUACGCCUUAUGCUAUUAAAUUAAAGGACAACAUUGUCUCAUUUUAUUUCAGGAAAAAAUGAUCCAAGACAACAUGUUGCGCCCCAUUCGGUUGAAUGCAGGCCUAGGAAAUCCUCCAGAAGCAUAUUAUAACAACAUGCCAGAAUCAGCAAAUAAAAUUAUUAAAAUGGGAGUAGACUUUCAAAAGAAUGAAAUGUCACAAUUUAACGACAAGAUGGAGAAAGUAAUUCAGCAGCAGCGACGGGACUGUGAAUCAGCCGUAAUAAACAGAGGUCCAUAUGCUCUCACAGACGACUACCUUCACUUACAAAUGUCUCCUGACAAGUGGUUUUCCCUGAAUGCUCGUCAGCGUGAAAGGCAUUUGAAAAAGUUCUGGGAAGAAGUACCUGGAAGAAAUGUUGAUGUGCAGGAUGACAGUGGUAAUGUAAACGAUGACAAGGAAGAGAACACUUCCCUUACCAGCCCUCCAGAGCUGUCUGUAAGACCAGAGGAGUCAGGUGCAGCUGGUGUAGCUCUUCUUUCCCUAAAAGAGAUGUACCGGCAAGCAUCCAUUCUUCUCCUCAAGAAAGAUUCCAUUGUGGAAAUACCUUUUAAGCCCCAUACGUUUAUGGUUGAAAGCGACAAGGGAAGGCCACAUUAUGUUGUACUAGCAGAAAGUGGGAAGGUGACAUGCGAGGACUGUCCUCGUUAUAAGUCUACAAAAAUAUGUGCACAUUCUUUAGCCGUGGCAGAGAAGUGCGGUAAAUUACAGAAUUAUCUCACUUGGUUUAAGAGAAGCAGCCACACCUUAACUACAACGAGUUACGUCACCUGUGACAGCGCGCCAACAGUUGGCAAAAAUCCCAGAGACCUUCAACGUCGCGUAGGAAAGGUGGUAGAGGGCAAGCUGUCAACAUUGUGCCUCGACCAAGUGCCAGUGAGCAAGCUCCAUCACCCUCCGCAGCGCCGACGCCCUCUCCUGUACUACCUCCCACCGCAGUGCCACCAGCCUACAAAGCGCCUCCACCCUCUCCAUCUGCAGCGCCACCACCCUUCGCAGCUCCGCCCUUCGCAGCUCCGCAACCAGUGGUUUCGCAACCGUCAGAGCUGCCCCUGA